CAGCCUUCCACCACCCAACUGGAAAAACCCCAACUCACCGCGGUGCCUUCCUCCAUCUUCCUCCUCAGCUAGAGCUCGAGCACGCAACAGAGGGCAUAUGUGGAGACGACGUUCUCUACCCAUCUCAAGCCCCAUGUGUGUCCUCCACCCUGGUGCGUCGUCCUCCACCUCGACGGUGGCCAUGGUGGCCUUCCCGUGGUGGAUCCAUGGAGCACUGGCCUUCCCAUGGUGGAUCCAUGGAGCACGACACAGAUCCAACAACGUGGUGGUCUCCUCCACCCAUCAGGCAAUGGGCCCAUCCCCCAUCCCAUCGAUGGAGGCGGCUCGAUCUACACCCUCGACGGCGCCCCAACCCAUCACCAAGCGGGGGAGGGGGCUGGGGACGGGCUAUGGGAGUGAGCUGGCGGUAGGUGAAGGUGCUGGGGGCCAACGAGGUUGGGGGCGGGCGGAUCCCGUGCGUGUGGAGAGCGGAGACAAUUCCUUUCUUCUCGUGCGGGGGCAGAUUCAGCUGAUAAGCUCAAGCGAACAAGAAACGCUGGUUUUUGUUGACAGCACAACACUGAUUCAAGUAUGGAUGAACAGAUAUAGCGGAUAUGCGGAACUUUGGGGCAGCGGCAAUUACUCCAGCAGUCCUCCAUCGUUAUAAAACAACUUUUGUGUGAACAGCAGUAGC